CAUACAUCCUGUCCGGUGAGUCGCCUCACGUCGGGAUUUGAACCUCGUCAAAACACACCGGGAUUUAUUUGGGCUUUUUUUUGUUGGUGUUGUUCCGCAGCGUGAGAGAGGCUGUGUUUGUGCUGAUGCUGCAGGAUCCUCCCGUUCCUCCCGGUUCCUCCCGGUACUUUGGGAGCAGCGCUGUUUGUCCGCUUUGUUUUUAAUCUCAGCAUGAUUCUGCUAAUCCUCCCGUCCGGGUUUCCGCAGCUCGGUGUGAGUUCCUCCUCCCGCGGACUCAACAGGACACGGAGCAACACUACAUAAUUCUUUCCUCUUUUGACUGUGAAACCACAUCGGGAUUAAACCCCGGAGUGAAAGGGGGAAAGGUGUGAAGCUCCCUCCCAUCUGCUGCCCUGAAGCUCAGCACAGGCUCUGAGGGAGAGAAGAUGUUGGAGAAGAUGGAGGGGACGGAGAGGGAGAAUGUGCUCAGCUCGCGGCCUCACUAGAGGCUUCUCCUGCUCCUCGACCUGCUGUCCUUCACCUUCUCGCUCCCUCCUCUUCCUCGUCCCCGCCCGACCGUCAGGAUGACCGUGGUUUCCUGCGAGAACAUGGACGAGACCUCCACGCUGCCGGGCCACCCGCAGGACCUGUACCCGCCCGACGACGACCACGACGACCACGACUGCUGCGAGCGCGUCGUCAUCAACAUCUCGGGGCUUCGCUUUGAAACGCAGCUCAAAACGCUGGCUCAGUUUCCAGAGACGCUGCUCGGGAACCCCAAGAAGAGGAUGCGCUACUUCGACCCGCUGCGAAACGAGUACUUCUUCGACAGGAAUCGCCCGAGUUUUGACGCCAUCUUGUACUACUAUCAGUCCGGGGGGAGGCUACGGAGGCCGGUCAACGUGCCGCUGGAUAUGUUCUCAGAGGAGAUUAAGUUUUACGAACUUGGCGCGGAGGCCAUGGAGAAGUUUCGCGAGGACGAGGGAUUUAUCCGCGAGGAGGAGCGCCCGCUGCCAGAGAAAGAGUUCCAGCGGCAGAUCUGGCUCCUCUUCGAGCACCCGGAGAGUUCAGGGCCCGCCCGGGGGAUCGCCAUCGUCUCCGUCAUGGUGAUUCUUAUUUCAAUAGUCAUAUUUUGUUUGGAGACUUUACCCGAGCUGAAGGAGGACCCCAGCCAGAGGAUCAGGAUCGUUGGAAACACCACCGUUUACUACAAACCCAACUUCCUCACCGACCCCUUCUUCGUGGUGGAGACGCUCUGCAUCAUCUGGUUUUCUUUUGAGUUGAUUGUAAGGUUUUUCGCGUGCCCCAGCAAGGCGGCGUUCUUUAAAAACAUGAUGAACUCCAUCGACAUCGUGGCUAUAAUCCCGUACUUCAUCACGCUGGGCACGGAGCUGGCAGAGGACCCGGACGAGGUGGGGAAAGGAAGCGGAGAACAGGCAACUUCUCUGGCUAUUCUGAGAGUCAUCCGCCUGGUGAGGGUCUUCAGGAUCUUUAAGUUGUCUCGGCAUUCAAAGGGUCUUCAGAUUUUGGGGCAAACUCUCAAAGCCAGCAUGCGAGAGCUCGGUUUGCUCAUCUUCUUCCUCUUCAUCGGAGUCAUCCUCUUCUCCAGCGCCGUGUAUUUCGCCGAGGCCGAGGAGAAAGAGUCGUUCUUCACGAGCAUCCCGGACGCCUUCUGGUGGGCCGUGGUGUCCAUGACGACGGUGGGAUACGGAGACAUGUACCCGGUGACGAUCGGAGGAAAGAUCGUGGGUUCGCUGUGCGCCAUCGCCGGAGUUUUAACCAUCGCUCUGCCCGUUCCUGUCAUCGUGUCCAACUUCAACUACUUCUACCACCGUGAGACGGAGGGCGAAGAGCAGGCGCAGCUCCUCAACGUCAGCAACCAGAAUCUGGCGUCUGAAACCAACUCGAGCCGCAGAAGCUCGUCCGCCGUCAGCAAGUCGGAGUACAUGGAGAUAGACGAGGACAUGAAGAACAGCAUCGAUAACUUUAGAGAAGCCAACCUUAGGACUGCCAACUGCACGGCGCCAAAUCAAAACUGCGUGAACAAGACGAAGCUCCUCACCGACGUGUGAGGCCGGGAGACGAGUGAACGCACCGCUGUAAAUAUUGUAGAAAAAUAACCUCGAUGCUUUAUCUCCAUUGGUGCAUUUGACUCUUCUUUUGCAUUGAAUCAUUCAAAAGACAUGUGUGUGUGUUUGGAGACUUUCAAAAAGGAGACACACAUGAUUGUUUCAUUUAUAGAGAACAAGGUAGUUAUGUCACGAGGAACACUUCUAACUAUAAGACUUUGGCAAUAGCGCAAAAUAUCAGCAGGUGUCGGGGGAGGAUUCGGGGUUAAUUAUUCAUGAGUGUUAGAAGAGCUGUGAGAAUAUGUUGACCAACAGGAAACUAUUAUCAGAGGUUUUGAUGCAGAAAUGUCAGAAAAUGCUGUUUCCAGCCUCUCAGAUAUAGAUAUGCUUCUCUCUGUGAAUAUCUUUGACAAAACAACUUGCUCUUCUAGAAACUAGGAGAUAUAAUAGUCUGUCUAGGAAACUAAUUAUAUGAGGUUAUCUCGACGUUUGUUGCUUCAAUUUGGACCAAAUGUACCAGCUGUUAUCGGACAAGAAGGGUCUAACGAGAGACAUUAUGGAGGUGCAUUAUGGGAAAUGUAGGAACCAAACUUUAGACAGAAGUCAGGAUAUCUUUGGGUCCAAUAUUUUUUUUAAAACAUCCUAGAAAUGCAAUAACAAAACAGGGAGUGUCCCUUUAUCAGUACUGCCAUAUUCAAUGUUGCUUGGAUGUUGAUUUCUGACCAAGAUGUUAAAGUAUACUGUCCUUAAUCUGAUGAAGCACAACUUCCUGUUCUCUCUCAAAUGCAAUUUUAGAGACAAACAUCUUGUUCUGGAGAUAUAGAUGCAAAUGGAGCACGAGAGAAAAAAGGAGCACGAUUUUUAAAUGUGUGCAGCUGAAUUUCCCUCAAAGGGAAUGUGUUUCAAAUACAGGAAUAAUAAUAAUAAACAGACAAACUUAAGUUGAUUAGCACAAACAGCCGUGCGGUGUGACGUGUGAAGACAUUGUUACAUCUUCAGUGAUAGGGUUGAAUAUAGACGCACACAGCACUUCAAAUAUGAAGUAUAAACUGCCAUUUGAGGUCAAAAUGAGCUCAUUUUGACUUGAAUUGAUCCCAAACUCUCCCCGACACCUCGCAGGCUUUGUGCAAAAGACUCAACAAUAAAAAAAAAAAGCCCAUUUGAGAUUUGAGCAACACGUUUUAUGAGGACGGCGCAUUUCGAGUGGAAUACAGUAAAAAAAAAUCAGGCGUGUUUUUCCGUCUUUCGGCGGACACAUUUUGGGAAAAGCUGGGAUGUUUUUCCAGGCACCUUAUUGGAGGAAAAACAGGAAGUGUUGCCUGACGGAGGGUUUUCUGCUGCUACAGGCCAUGCAACGCUCCUUUAUAUAAAAGCAUGUGGAGACUCUCUUCUCUUAUAUCGGCAUGCACAAGACGUUACCUCAUUCUUCAUUUUUCAUCUUCUGGAAAUACUUUUUCUCAUUUGUUUUCACCAAAAGUGCACUGGCUAUUUAUUGUUUUUUUAAGUUAUUUCAGAGCAUUACGUGUUGAAUGUUUAACGCAUUAAGGGAACAGGAACACUUCUUUUUCGAAGAUCACGGCAUGACAAAAAUACUAAAGCAUUAUGGCCUAAUUAGCUAUGGUAUAGCUAUGUAUACUCAAUGCAUGACUACAGUAUUACAUUGCUUGCAGUUGUGGAGGGACUUCGGGGAAGAUGCUCCUCGUUAACGUCACGCUAACGUCACGCUAACGUCACGCUAACGACACGCUAACGACACGCUAGCGAUAGGAAAACGGUGCAUGACGGAGAUAACUGCGGAGGGGACAAAUCUGCUAAAAAAAACAAAGGAGACAAAUAUCAGAAGAGACAUAUCUGACCAUCUCUUAAAAAAAAAGACACUACAGAAAUAACAUUUUCAUUUAUUUGAAGCUUUGAUCUUUCGAUGACGGAGUGCAUGGAUCAUUUUUAUGUGAAUGUGACCCGAUUUCGUUUUUUUUUUACAAACAGUUUGAAGAAAAGGACAGCAGUAAUAUCUUGACAAAUUUCAAAGAUAUAUCUUAAAUUAGUUUCUAGUGCCUUGAAGCCCGUCUCUGAUACAAUUGAAUGAAGUGCCUCCCGUUAAACAGACGCAGCUCGUCCGUCCGUACCGAUGCGCCUGCGCUCAAAACAUGUCCAUAAAGUUACCAGAGAUUCCUUGUUAAUGGGCCGACGUUAAAUCACUGGUUGAUGACACAUGGCUGCACAACGAGCACAGAUAUGGAAAUAUAAGAGGAACUGGUCUUUCUUUUUCUCACAUCUGCAGGCAAACAGGCAACUAAACGACAUUCCAGUAUUUUAUGUACCUCAAAAAAGGUGACUAGUUUGACAAAGUAAAGUUAGAUCAGCCGUCCAGAGUCGCUGCUGAAACUCCACGAUGUGUUUGUUAGAUAAUCUACAAACUAAAUUUUCCUCUGAACCCAAAUUACCCCAAAUAAUUAGCUUCUUGCGUUAGCUACAUUAGCUAACAGCAGGAGGUUGUGUUGCGUUCAGGUGCUCCUCUGAUAUCUACAGUUCAGCGUCAGGUCCUAAAGGCUCAUUAUAAGUUUCCUACAAAAAUACAGAUCUUUACAAGAAGUUUUCAGACAAGGCCGUAACCAGAAUGUUAUAAAUAUUGAAGUCAAAAGUCUGUGUAUCGAUGAUUGUCUUUUUAUCUCGUGUUUAGACCCAAACUGUCAGUGAGCUCAUGUGGUCCUACUGAAGACGUCAAUCUGUAAAAAACACACAAAUAUAGUUCAAAAAGAGUCGUAAAGUUUUUGAUCAGACAAGUAGGAGCAAGUAGUGCAUUUGUUUGGGACUAUUUUCAGUGGUGGAUUAAUCCAGAUGUGGUGCUCUAAUGACUUAUCGUGCACACACAGAUUUAGCUUCUGUGCACCUAACUCCAUUUGUAAACCAGGCAUUUGAAAGUUCCCUAAGAAGUAAGGUUUGUGUUUAAAACAUAAACUUGAAACAUUACAGCAUCUUAUAAACUCUUCACACUGAUUGGAUAUAAGUGAUCCUCAGUGAGACCAUUUGAUCAGAACUCUCUCUUUGUGGUGAGAACAGGACAAAGGAAGGCACUGGGUAUGUGUCUCAGGCUUUGACACAACUUGUUGAGAUAUAUCACAUUCAAGACCCUCAUUUAUAGUUUGCAAACACCUCAGGUUAUGUUUUUUAAAAGCAGUUACAGCCCUUUUUGCAGCACAACACAUCUCAAAGUCUCGAGCAGAUCUGCAGCAUCAUCGGCAGCUAACAGUUCUUACUCUUUAUCAGGAGUUUAAAACAAAAUCACUGCCAUUUUCUGAUAUUUGGACCAAAGCCAAGCUGCAAACCAGCAGGUCUGCUCCUUCUCAAAGAGGAACAUGCGUACGGUCUGUGUGAUGCGUACGUGUGUACAUCUGGACUCAAAGCUCCUUCUCUGUGGUUCUUUCAGGCUUUUGUUGUCCAACGCGUCCUCAGAGGCUUUGUGAUGUUAGGAGGGUAAAUAUGUGUUUCUGCUGCAGAUAGAGAGACGCUCCUCUGCAGAGAAACAUUAGUCACUCUGAACGCCAGCAAAAUGGCUGCUGCUGUUUGGAUUUGAGGGAGGAAGCACAUGGCUGAGAGGAGAGAGACUGGUUAUUAAUUUAGAGAUGGAGAGGCAGCCGAAAGAGAAAGGAGAGUGUUGGAUUUAAUGUCAAAAAGAUGAAUAAUGUACCUGUUGUACAUCAUGUACAUACGUCUGGAUUCCUUACCUCUGGCUUUUAAACAUAUUCUGUUUUUUGGGAAUUAUAACUCUCAGUUUCAAGUGAUCAACUCAUUCAAUGGGUGCUUUGAGGACCUGUGCGGGUUCUAUCAAACAUUCACACUUUGUACUCUGUUAGAGUGAAAGAGACACUGAAAGGAAUGAAUUGAAGUCGACUUAUUUAGGUUAAGGUGACAGAUAUACUUCAGUUUGGGUUCAAAUUAGGGCUGCUCGAUUAUGGCAAAAAUCAUAAUCUCGAUUAUUUGGGUCAAUAAUUGAUAUGACGAUUAUUAAAAACGAUUAUCCAUUUACUUUGAAAACAUCAAUUUAUUGGAGAAAAAACGU